UGUGUGAUUUUCAGUGUUACCAAUGCAGUCUCAAGAAUUAGAAUUUUAGGCAUUAUCCAGGUUGUUGUGUGCUUCUUCUAUUUUAGUAAUAGAUCAAAUGUGUAUUAAACAGGAUUUGAUGUAAUCAAUGCUAGAAUCUAUGGGAAUAGCUCUUUUAGUAUAUUAGUACUGCUCUGUCAUGAUGUUAUUAGCCUAUUAAUUAGCUUUUCUUAAUUUGCAAAGACAAAACCUGGAAAGGAAUCCCAGGCAAAGGGAUGACCCUGUAUCAUAGAAUGAAUUAUUCAUUCCUCCAAUAAGUGUGUGUGAUUUUUGGAUCCCCUCGUCUGUCUGCUAUAAAAGUUUGGAUUUUCGGGCAAUAAAUGGACACAGCUGUAUCUGACCAAGGUUUGCCUUCAGGUUCGGCAACACGCCCUCAGUGCCUCCCGUCACCUCCCACGCUCCGCACUUUAGGUUUAGCUUCACAAACUGCGGGAGCGAAUUCUGCCUGGCACCCGGUGAUGUCACGCACGCUCCCGUUCACCAUUGGUGAGGCGGAGGCGGAGGAGCCAAUGGGAGUGCGGGGAGGGGCAGGUAAGUCCCAAAAGCCGAAGGAGCGGCGCGGGGUGCGUUGUUUCCCGGAGCGCAGCGAUGGGGCUGUGCGGGAUGCUGGGGCUGCUGCUGUGCGCCGUGUGCGGGGCGGCUGGCGAGCACCAUAAACUGCGGUUCUUCACUACCGCAAUGACGGAUCCCGGCCCCGGGCUGCCCUGGUUCGUGUCUGUGGGGUACGUGGACGGCGAAAUCUUCGUGCACUACGACAGCACCACACGGAGGACUGUGCCCCGCACCGAGUGGAUGGCGGCCAGCAUGGACCAGCAGUACUGGGAUGGGCAGACAGAGAUCGGACAUAUCAGUGAGCCGAUUAACCGCGAGAACCUGGUCACUGCAGCACGGCUGUACAACCGGACUGGCGGGUCUCACACGGUGCAGCGGAUGUCUGGCUGUGACAUCCUCGAGGACAACAUCAUCCGGGGGUAUUAUCAGAUUGCCUAUGAUGGGAGAGACUUCAUUGCCUUCGACAAAGACACGAUGACGUUCACUGCGGCGGUUCCAGAGGCAGUUCCAUCCAAGAGGGCAUUACAGGAAGGGAUGAAUGAGAAUGGUUACAAUGUGGUGCGCCCACGCUCUCCCAGUAGCAAUUGGUGGAGCUGCGGUGGAGGAACCAAUGGGAUCGCGGGGGGUUCCCGGAACGAGGAUGUGCGGAGCGGUGCGGAGCGAUGGGGUCGUGGGGGGCUUUGGAGGCUGGGGCUGCUGCUGUGCGCCGUGUGCGGGGCGGCGGGCGAGCUCCAUACCCUGCGGUACUUCCAAACGGCGAUGACGGAUCCCGGCCCCGAACUGCCCUGGUUCUUUGAAGUGGACGUGGACGGCGAAAUCUUCAUGCACUACAACAGCACCGCGCGGAGGUACGUGCCCCGCACCGAGUGGAUGGCGGCCAGCAUGGACCAGCAGUACUGGGAUGGUCAGACGGAGAUCGCACAGAGCAAUGAGCAGAAAGACCGCGUGAGCCUGGUCAAUUUAGCACGGCUCUACAACCAGAGCGGCGGGUCUCACACAUGGCAGCGGAUGUUGGGCUGUGACAUCCUCGAGGACGGCACCACCCGGGGCUAUCAUCAGUAUGGCUAUGAUGGGAGAGACUUCAUUGCCUUCGACAAAGACACGAUGACGUUCACUGCAGCGGUUCCAGAGGCAGUUCCCACUAAGAGGAAGUGGGAGGAAGGCGGUGAUGCUGAGAGACAGAAACAUUACCUGGAGGAAAUCUGUCCACAGUGGCUGUGGAGAUACGUGGAGCAUGGGAAAGCAGAGCUGGGGAGGACAGAGCAACCCGAGGUGCGAGUGUGGGGGAAGGAGGCCGACGGGAUCCUGACCUUGUCCUGCCGCGCUCACGGCUUCUACCCGCGGCCCACGCUGUCAGCUGGGUGAAGGGACGGCGCGGUGCUGGGCCAGGACACCCACUCGGGGGGCAUCGUGCCCAACAGCUACGGCACCUACCACACCUUGGUCACCAUCGACGCGGUGCCUGGGGACGGGGACAAGUACCAGUGCUGCGUGGAGCACGCCAGCCUGCCCCAACCCAGCCUCUACUCAUGGCCACAACCCAGCUUGGUGCCCAUCAUAGUGAGGGUGGUCAUCCCCAUUGUGGUCAUAGCCAUCACAGCUGGUAUUGGAUUCACCAUCUACAGACGCCAUGCAGGGAAGAAGGAGAAAGGCUACAACGCAGCGCCCAGCCAGGAUGGUGGAUCCAGCAGCUCAUGCACAGGUGUGGUGUGUGGCUGGGGAGGGGUCCCUGUGCUCUUUGUAGUGUUGCACCAGUGCUGAGCUGCACUGGGACUCUGCAGGAAGACCCCCAUAGAAAAGGUUUGGGAUGUGAACACAGCCCUAUCAGACUCCGUUUCUUCUCAUCCCCACAGGAAGUAACCAAACCGUCUGAGUGCUGUGCUUCAGCCUGCAAGGGGCCAACUGGCCACACGAGCAUUUGGGGUCGGUGAUGAACACAGCCCCAUCCCCUCUACCUCUCACAUCUCCCUCUGCUUCCUAUGCUGUUAUGCUUUUCCUGCACGGCUUCUUGUGAAAUAAAGUGUUGUGAUGUUCAGUUCUCA